AUGAUAGCUUUUGUCUCGAAUCAUUUAGUUCCUAAUCUCACUACUGCCUUGUGGGGAACACAUCCUACAGUUCCUGCCGACGUGGGAAUCGUCACAAGCUCCCAGUCUCAAAUAAAGGACUUAUUUGGGUUGUUCUGCAUGGUGACCCUUAAUCUCAUUGCUUUGUUGGCCAAUGCUGGUCUGAUGGUGGCCAUCGCUCGUGCUCCUCACUUGAAAAGGUUUGCGUUUGUGUGUCACCUCUGUGCAGUGGAUCUUCUGUGUGCCAUCCUUCUCAUGCCUUUGGGCAUCAUAUGCAGCUCACCAUUCUUUGGCACUAUUGUGUUUACAGUGCUGGAGUGUCAGGUUUACAUCUUUCUGAACGUUUUCCUCAUUUGUCUGUCCAUUCUCACGAUCACUGCCAUCAGCGUGGAGCGAUACUUCUAUAUUGUGCACCCAAUGCGUUAUGAGGUCAAAAUGACCAUCAACCUUGCUAUUGGGGUCAUGCUCCUUAUCUGGGUUAAGUCCUUCCUCUUAGCUUUGGUGACACUAUUUGGAUGGCCCGCAUAUGGACAUCAGAGCUCCAUAGCAGCGGCUCACUGUUCCCUUCACGCCAGCCACAGUCGUCUGAGAAGGGUUUUUGCUGUCCUCUUCAGCAUGGUUUGUUUCCUGGCCCCUGCAGUUGUUAUCUUCACUGUUUACUGCGCUGUGUACAAGGUGGCUCGCUCUGCUGCUUUGCAGCAAGUCCCUGUUGUAACAACAUGGACAAAUGCAAGUCCUGCCAAGGAUCGAUCAGACUCCAUCAAUAGCCAGACGACCAUGAUCACCACCACACGCACUCUGCCCCAGAGACUAUCACCAGAGAGGGCCUUCAGCGGCGGCAAAGCUGCCCUUACCUUAGUGUUCAUCGUAGGGCAGUUCUUGGUUUGUUGGUUACCUUACUUCAUCUUCCACCUACAAAUGUCCCUGACCAGUUCCAUGCAGAGCCCUGGGGACUUAGAAGAAGCAGUCACUUGGCUUGCCUACUCUUCCUUUGCAGUCCAUCCAUUCUUCUAUGGCAUGUUGAACCGACAGAUCAGGGACGAGCUGGUGAAGUUUCGACGUUGCUGCUUGACCCAGCCUGCGGAAAUUGGGGCAUCCAGCCAAGAGGGCUCGUUUCAGGAGAACUUCCUUCAGUUCAUUCAGAGGUCCAGCAGCACACCUGAUAAUCGCUCAUCUGGUGGAAAGUAUGGUGCAAAAAACAAAACGGAACAGGCCAACAACAUCCCUGGACAAAUUCCAGAGGCAUAA